AGUUGCAUUAACAAAGAUGGGAGCUGGUGGUGGUUCUCACUCAUCCUUUUUCUUGAGCAUAUUUCUUGCCACCUUUUUCAUAAUAAAUUCUGAAGCUGUCAACCAAACAAGACCUCCAUUCAACAGGAAAAGCUUUCCUACUGGUUUUGUUUUUGGUGCUGGUUCUGCUGCUUAUCAGUAUGAAGGGGCUGCAUUUAUAGAUGGAAAGGGAAAGAGCAUAUGGGACACUUUCACUCACCAACAUCCAGAAAAAAUAGUCGAUAAUAGCAAUGGAGAUGUGGCAAUUGACAUGUAUAAUCGCUACAAGGAGGAUAUCAAUCGCAUGGUGGAUACCGGUUUGGAUGCAUUCAGAUUUUCAAUAGCAUGGUCCAGAGUUUUACCAAAGGGCAAGGUUAGUGGAGGAGUAAAUCCUAUUGGGGUCAACUACUACAACAAUCUUAUUAAUGGCAUCCUCGCGAAAGGUUUGGUGCCCUACGUUACACUCUUCCAUUGGGAUCUACCCCAAGCUCUUGAAGAUGAGUAUGGAGGGUUCUUAAGUGACAACAUAGUGAAUGAUUAUCGUGAUUACGCCGACUUUUGUUUUAAGACAUUUGGAGACCGAGUUAAACAUUGGUUCACAUUAAACGAGCCUUUGACGUAUUGUCUCAAUGGUUAUACUACGGGCACCCACGCUCCUGGCCGAUGUUCUAACUAUAUCGGGAACUGCACUUCUGGCAACUCGGCUACUGAACCCUAUAUUGUCGCGUACCACUUGAUCCUUUCUCAUGCUUCCGCCGUCAAAGUUUAUAGAGAAAAAUACAAGACUUAUCAAAAAGGGGAGAUUGGGGUAACAUUGGUUACACAUUUCUUCAAUCCACUUACAAAUACAGCUAGUGAUGAAAGAGCUGCUAGAAGGGCUCUAGAUUUUUGGUUUGGAUGGUUUUUACAUCCCAUGACCUAUGGGGAUUAUCCGGAAGAAAUGAAAACUAUUAUUGGAAAUCGACUCCCUCGAUUCACCGCAGAACAGUCUAAGCUAUUGAUUAAAUCUUACGAUUUUUUGGGCGUAAAUUAUUACUCCACCUACUACGCUUCCAAUGUUUUGACGGUAAAGAGGACGAAUCUUAGCAUGUCGACCGAUAAUCAGGCUAAUAUCUCCCCACUCAAGAACGGAGUUCCAAUUGGACCAGCGACAGAUUUGAAUUGGCUUUAUAUUUAUCCAAAAGGAAUUUAUAGUCUCAUGAUCCACAUUAAAGAGCAUUAUGGAAAUCCUCCAAUCUACAUUACUGAAAAUGGAGUUGCCACGGGAAGAAAUGAUAGUCUACCGAUAAAAGAGGUGUUAAAUGACAAUAUAAGGAUUAUGUAUCAUUAUAACCAUUUGAAGUAUCUCGAGAAAUCAAUCCAGGAAGGGGCAAAUGUGAAGGGAUAUUUUAUGUGGACAUUCAUAGAUGAUUAUGAAUGGGAUGGUGGAUUUGCUUAUAGAUUUGGGCUUUACUUUGUGGACUAUAAGAAUGGGCUUAAGAGGAUCCCAAAGAAAUCUGCAUUCUGGUACAAGAACUUUAUCAAAAAGUAGGAUCCAGAAUGAGCCCAGCCCACUAUUCCGGGCCCACUUCAUUUCUUCUCUAAUUUAUCUUGAAUGUGUGUUUGUUGUUUUAUUUUAAAUAAGAAUUAAGAAUAAAAAUAAGAA